UUCUUUUUCUAAUUUCUUUUUAGUUAUAGUCUAUGAUUUAGCUGAAUUAAGAUCGGGUGGGUUUGUGGAUACCAAUCUGUUUGUUUUCGAAAUAUUUUUGCUGCUUCUACUGUCUAGACUUUUCACCUACCUGAAUGAUUUCAGUGUUUUUUUUUUUUUUUUUAAAAAAAAAAGUGAGUUUCAAAAUCAAGAAUUAUAAAUUAUUCGAGUACAAUACUAGUUUUGAUUUUUUCGAUAAUCGACGUGGUGUUCGGAUUAGCUUCUAGGGUAAUGUUGGUUCCCGUUUCCCUUUGUCAUGGGAUUGAAGUUCUCUCUGUUCAUAAAAAUAGAAUGCGUCCAAGCUUUUUUGGCAAUUGACAUGAAUCUGCUUUGCAACGUAAACGUGAACGAUUGGAAGAUGAGCAGCACAAAGAAAGUGUUAUGUGAAAUGAACCUUGAGAGUAAAUACAACUGUAUUGAACCUUGAGUAAAUAAACUGUAUCUGCCAGGUUACUUCUUUUAUUUAUACAAAACAAAAGACCCUAUUUGUUGUAUUCUUCGGACUUUCAACGGACCCUUUUUUAUUUUUUUCACCCUUGUCAGCCAGAAUUGUUCUUAAAUUUGCUCACCUACUCAUAUCUCUCUGUUACAGCCAGAUGGGUGAUAUUCUCCCUCAACGUAGCUCUCCCCUUCGUAGCAUAGUGAUGGUUCCCUAUCAGAAGGGCAAGCAGAGCUUGAAGGCUGCCGUUUCAAUUUUGAAGAUGAUUAGGCUUCCACCUUUAUUAUCCUACAAGCCUUCUAAAGUUGAAGUUGAUCCAAGAAAGCGCCAUAAGAGAUUACCAGCUAAUCUCAUAGUGGGUAAUGAUUAUUGGUGGUAUCUUUUUGGUAUGAUUCCUUUUGCCUGUGCAUGGGUGAGCUUUGCCCUUUUUGAUGAGGACCCCCAUCCAGUCACCUACGUGGUUUUUUUUUUCGGUCUCCUAAUUUUUCAUAUGGUUGCAUUGCACUCUGUUGUUUAUUGGCAUCGCGAGAUGUCGCCUUUCCGGUUAAUUGGUGCCAAGGCGAAAUUUAUGAUUGAGGUCAUUCCUGUGAUAGUUGCAGCAGCCUUGCCUCACCUUUUAGAGUUUGAUGAUGCGUAUUAUGCUCUACUGCUAUCCUGCACCACAUAUUUCUAUACCUUUGCCCACUCUUUUGCUAUCAUCUCAUUUGAAUUUUUAAUGAACGUGCAGGGUCCACUUUCUUCAUCAUUUCCCAUUGAAAACAGGAAUGUUCCGGUGAGCAUGAAAGCACUGAAGGAUCAUUUCAAUUGAACAAAAAUUCUUUCUUUUGUGAAGCGAAUCUCAGAUUUCCAUCUGCUACUGCUGCUGGCCAAGUUUCUGGACAUUAAUGCAGAUGUUCCUGCAUUGGCGGAAUGUGUGCAUACACAGUCAGCAGUCCCAGAAGGUUACCAGCUCCUUAUAGAAUCCAUGGCUAGUGCCUCUUGAACAGCAUCACAGUGUAAUGAACCCCGGAGUCAUCAGGUACUGCAACAACGGAGCAUCCAGUGGCAUUCUCUGAGUCCUUAUGCUUUCACUCUAGCGUGUGGUAGACAUGUUUGCUGUGCAGAAUCCUAUUGUUAUAUUUACCACCA